GACGACACUCUCCUCCACGCCGUGACGCGCCAACGACUAUACGACCAUUUCUGAACCUACGCCAAGGUACAAUCCAGCUCCCUGGUGGCCUUUUCCAACGCCGUUCAUUAAGGGUCCGCCGACCCGCCGCCGACAUGGCAGCUAGCAAGGCCUCUCGCGUGGGCGAGGAGAUCUGGAAGACGCGGAUUGAUAAGGUCAACGCCGAGCUCGUGACGCUGACGUACGGCACGAUUGUCGCGCAGCUCUGCAAGGACUUUGACAGCGACUAUGCCGAGGUCAACAAGCAGCUGGACAAGAUGGGCUACAACAUCGGCCUUCGCCUCAUUGAAGACUACCUGGCCAAGUCCAAUACCAUGAAGCGGUGUUCCAACUUUCGCGAGACGGCCGACAUGAUUGCGCGAGUCGGGUUCAAAAUAUUCCUCAAUGUGACGCCCCAGGUGACGAACUGGACAAGCGACAACAACCAAUUUUCCCUCGUCUUCGACGAGAACCCGUUUGCCGACUUUGUAGAGCUGCCCGACGACGGACGCGCGCAAGACGAGCUGUGGUAUUCCAACAUUCUCUGCGGUGUUCUACGAGGGGCCCUAGAGAUGGUGCAAAUGCAGGUCGAGGCGCACUUUAUUAGCGAUGUGCUUCGAGGGAACGACACAACCGAGAUGAGGGUCUCCCUGAUUCGGUACAUUGACGACGAGCUGCCUCCAGAGGAUGAUUGAGGAGAAGAGCAGGAUGCGGAAAGUUGAGAUGCCGAGACCCAAACCAACAGAUGAUCCGUCGCGAUGCGACCCGCGCUGCGCCCUGGCCCACGGGAUAGAGAGCCCAAUGCCCAGGUAGCUAUCAGGAACUUAGAAUCGGGGGCCACCUUGAAAUGAUACCCUGGAAGGAAGAGUGGUUGGUAGAGCGCGGCUAGAGCCAGGAGAAUGGACUAGCACCGCCAAAGAAAGCGACCAUGGAAUCGAUCAACUCAUAUACUCUACUCAUGACACGAUAAAUGUCCGUCGCAAAGUGUGCUUAGCCA